AUUGCCACAAAAUCAGCAUGUUCUUAGUUAACAUCAAUUAAUCUAAUAAGAAUGUAAACUAAGUAAUGGUUUGCUUUGCUUACCUACUUAUAUUUUCACAUGGCAUUAUUUAAUAAAUUAAUUUCUACAUUAACACCGCCAUGCUGAGCUUUAAUGAUUAAAGUCAUUCACACGCACGCUCAAAGUCUUUCUUGUACCAUUGAAACUUAAUUCAUUACAUUCAUGCGGAGCGGCGCGAGAAUAUGGUUCCCCUCGCUCCCAGUUUGCUGGUUAUCAGCUUACAAAAUGUUUGAAGCCGUCCCAUUCGAACGGCCCACUAAUCUGUAUAUCUGCGUCCCUUUCUGCCUUGUAUUGCGCGUUUUUCUUCUUUUACCGCGUCAUAUGCUUGGUGUUGAGGCAUAAGCAUAGAUCGCAACGUUCAGUCGAGGUUGCUUGUUGUUUAAAUUGCCGCGCGUUCAGGUUCUGCCGCUUUAGCCCUAAUUGAUCGAAGGUCCUUUGUCUAAGAGGUGGGAUACAUGGUAAUAAGAGGGUAUAUUGGGGUAACUGCGCAUCUUUCGGCGCAGUCAGUCGGCGGGCCCGCCCGCGACGCACGUGGCGACCUAUCUUCUUUACUCUUACCAAUUUCCCGCGAACCCUGUGUAUAACUUUGAUUGAAUGUGACUUGAUUAAUGGAUACCCUGGAAAUUUAAUAAUUACAGUAAGUUGUGCUUAGCGAUCGUGUUCAGUGUUCACUGUAUCACGGCAUUGUGUUCGGGUUAAUUGAGUAACCCGCAGAUAAUUAGGAUAGAGUAAACUGUCGUGUCGGCUACAAUUAAGGAUGUGAGCUUCAUCGUCGGGCCGUCAAUGACGACAACAAUUAUCUGACCCCAUCGGACAAUGCGGUCACAGACAUCAAAAACUUUGAAGAAGGGGGUUGUAAGCAAAACUGCUUUCAAGGCGCGCUCCAAUACUAAACAAGUUAAGAAAAAACUUGUGGUACCCAAAAAAGGAAAGAAUUUGGCGAAUAAAACUAUAUCAAGAAACGCUAAAAAGACAUUAGAAGAUGCUAUCCACCAAAAAAAUGAGGAUGAAUCUUCUAAUUCAGAUAAAAGCGAUAGCUCCGAUUCAGCAAAAGCGGGAACAUCAAAAGCUAGUUCAUCGCGUAGUCACUCGCCUACUAAAAAGACAAAAAAGGAUUCCAAGGAGAAAAAGGAGUCGCCAAAAGAGACAGCAAGUAUAAAGAAAGUUUUGGCGAAAAAAUGUCCCAAAAAAUCCAAACCCCCGCCUAAAUCUAAAUUGUCAAAAGCAACACAAGGGGAUGACAAUGAUAAUAUCAAAUACAAAAUUAAUUCUGGUGUACCCAAAAAGCUAACAUCGACAGUUUCUAAAGCUAAAGUGCUUUUAAAGAAAUCUAAUACAAUACAAAAAAAGAAAACUGCACCGGCAGCUAAACUCGAGGGUUCAGAUAAAGAUGAUAAAAAGGUCGAAAUGAUGACUCAAGAAUGUAAAAAUAAGGAAUGUGACGAAACAAUUUCCGAUUCUAAAAUUGAGGCUGAAAAAUCCUAUGUAAAAUCCGAUAAUAAAGAAAGUCCCAAUAAUAGUGGUUUAGCGAGUACCAUUACAAACCCUUCUGUGUUAAGUUCGACUGAAACAUCACCUAAAAUUGAAGUCGAAAGGCCCCCUAAAUUUUUUACUUCCUGUCGACCGCCACGAACGGUCGAUAUUGAUGUCAAAUGUUUCAAAAAUUCUAAAGGCAACCUUAGCGUCUCUGAACGAUUUUUGUCAAUGAAGUGCGAAACAAAGGCAGACGAAAACACUAAGGAAAAGAGCGUUUUGAAUACUUUGGUGACGCCUGGCCCCGAAAUUGAUGUCUAUACAUUUACGGAAAAAGUAGAUUCCCCGAAAAGUAUAUUGUCAGGCUUCCGAAGUCCUGUAAAUAAGAACGUAGGUCGGGUGCGUCCAAUUGCCAGAGUGAAAGGCACUAUUAUUGAUAAAAAAGAAGUAGAGAAAAAGAAGUACUCGCCCCAUCGCCCUAUCGAAGAAGUUGUCAAACAAUUAAAGGCCAAGAAAGGCAGUGAAGAAUUUAAUUCCGUUCAAAAUGAUGCAACCUCAAGCUUAGAUGUGUCUGCAGUUGAUAAUACAUACAAAGAAUUUGAGGAAAAACCAAUAGUCAGUAAGUCUUAUAAAAUGGUAGCACGUAAAUCCAGUAUUACAGGAAAACCAUUCAGUCCAAUCAAAUUUCUUGAUCAAGAGCCUGUAAUAAAUAAAAGUGAGAAGGAAAAAGUUCUUAAAACAUCCCCACAAACUAAGAAAACCACUUCUAAAGUGAAAAAGUCAAAUAAGAAAAGUAACCUUUCAGAUGAAGAUAUAGAUACAUCUAAAUUUGCUUUUAACACUAAAUCAUUCCAUUAUACUUCAUCAGAUGAAAGUGAAUCAAAUGAUGAUCAAGACUCAAAAGACUCUUCUGGUUCGGAGUCACCUAAAGGCAAAAAAACUAAAGCUAAGAAAUAUAAACGCAUUACUGAUGGGGCUAAGAAAAAUACUUCGAAGGAAUUAAAAGAACUUUCGAAAGAUUCUCUCAUUGAUCUAAAAGAUGAUUCUAUUUUACUUGGAGGUGAAAAACCAAGUAAAAGGAGACUAAAACUGUUAUCUAUGUGGACGGGGCCUAAAAAGCACAGAAUGGCUUCUCUUAACGCCAUUGCUAAAGUACACUGCCUCUACGAAAAUGAAAGCCGAACACAUAUGGAGUUAGGUCUUAUGAAAACAAUUGACAGGCCUGUGUUACCUGGUACAUCUAAAGCCACAACAGUCAAAAAGAAAGAAUCGAAACCAAAAGAGAUGAAUCAGGCAGAUACCACAUCUGAAUCUGAUUACGACAAUAGGAAAAGCAAUAAAAAAGAAGAUAGUUCAGAGAGCUCAGAUGACAAUCCACCGGUCCAACGAUCUUUGCGAGGCGUACCUGGAAUAAGAAGCGCUGGGAAAUAUUGGGAUCCAAAAUCGUCAACCUCAUCAAGCGAAGACAGUGAAUUAGAAUCUAAAAAGAAAACUGUCAAUAUCGACAAGAAAAAAUCCACUCCUAAAGCGUCAUCAAGCAAAUCUGAUACAGAAAAACCUCCGGCCAAAAUGAAGAAAACUGCCGGAGUGCCUGUAAAAAAGAAACGAAAUCGAAACGAAGUCGUGAUGGACCUAAAAGAUAUGGUUGUACAAAAAAGAAUGGCGAGUCUAAAUGCAACCGCUAUACUGGCAGCCAGUUACGAAAAACGAUCACCUAAAUCUAGCAAGGACGACACGACGUCGGAUUCUUGUAGCGAUGAGUCUUUUUCUCAGAAGCCAAAAAACGGGGUAAGUUCCGGCGUUAAGUCGGAAUCAAAAAACGAAGAAACUAAAAAGGAAAAAGACGAUAUAACAACAAAGGAUAGGAAGCAAAAGGUCGAAGUGAUUGUGAACCAAGAUACUGACGUCACAAUUACCGGAGUUUAUUCAACACACCAUCACGAAGGCUUCUGUACCGUUUCUGGGAUGCAAUAUCGUAUAUCCUCAACAAGUCACACCCAGACAACGGCAACUGCAAAUUGCGACAAGGAGGGCUGUACCCGCGAGGACGGGGCCCGAUACACGCCCCUCUCAGCCCUGUCGUCCAUGCAGCCUCCGGCCGAGCACGUCCACACUCAUCCGCAUCCAGUGACCGAGCUUGGAGGACUGGCGCGCCGAGCUGCGGGUUGCAGUGCCUUCUCCGCGCCCUCGCCAGCGGCUCACCAUGAACCAGGUAAGCCGCUCUGCCCGUGCAAUCUAUGCGACGCCAUGCCUUAUUCAUCUUACGGAUACUACCAGCCGGCCGGACCGCUCAUCAAGGAAGCUGGCGGCGACACAGAGCGCGCGCUCGCGCGGUACCACCCCCCGCCGCAUUACCACGCCCCGCACCCACCGGUACUUCAGCAGUAUGGGCCAUACUACCCGUCCGCUGAUCUCUGCUAUCAGUACUACCGACCGCCGGGGCGCUACCACCUGCCACCGGCGCAGCCCGACGCACCAAUGGUGGGAGUCGGCAGCGAUUCGUAUCCUCCGCCACAAUACUACGGCCAGCCGCCAUGUUACCAACACUCGCCGCAGAGGAUACCAUAUGUCGAAUACCGCGGAUGCCCGUGCCCAAUUAACGCGUGUCCAAAAAACGUCCUUAUUGGGCCCGCUACUGGUAAAGCCCCAACCGGUGGCGGCCCGGCAGACGUCCCACCUGCCCUCGCGCCGCCCGGGGGCGCCUUCCGAGCGAAGGUGCGGGCGUGCGCGCUGGACGCCGUGUCCGACACCCACGGCAGCGGAAAGGAUCCGCCUCUAGAACCAGAGCCGCCAGCAGCAGCCGACGCUCCGCACCCGUGUCCCGUGCCAGCCAUAGGCGGCGCUUCGCCCAAGCGGGAGUUUGACGUGCGCGACGCGCUCCGUCUGCCGCGGGAGCUGCCCGGCCCCGAGCCCGGGCCGCCGUCGCCCGCGCGAGGCUCGGCCGGCGCGUGCGCACCGCAGCCGCCGCCAUCGGCGCCGCGACGCGCGCGCCUCGGCAAAGCCAUGGCUCGCCGCUCCCUCGCCGGCGACGACACCGGCUUACUCCUCCAACCACCGCCCGCCUCACACAGCGACGCCGACGAUGACGUGCUCGCUAUCUCCCCUCCUCUUUGCGUUCCCAUCGAUCUGUCCUCUUCUGAUGAACGAACGACGCCUCUAGUCGAUGUUAAGAAGGAAAACGAGGGCCCGACUUAUUCUCCGCCGCGAAAGGCAGAUACGCUCGCCCUACGAGAGCACAAUAUAGCCUUGAUAGAGGCAGCUGCGGCGCCCGAUACGCCCGAGGCGGUCAAGCGGAGAUACUCAAGACCGAAGCUGGAGAUUGAAAUGAAAGACGCGGAACUGGAAGAUCCUUGCCGGACAAACGGCAUCGGCGAACAUGUGAAACUUCAGAAGCGCAGGAAGGUCUCGAGUGAACAGACCGAGACGCGCAUUGAGACGGUCACGAGAGAGCCCAAGAGGAAGACUCAGAAGCCGAGGCGGACGCCUAAAACGCCCGCGGCGGAGAGGAAAUCUCUGAAAAGAAAGUCGGAUAAGUCCGCGGAGGAACCGGAAGCAAAGAAAGCCGUCGUGGAGCACUCUGCUGUCAGCGACGACCCGCGACUUAAGAACGUGGCUGCGCUUCCAGAAGAUACCGUCGCCAUGAAACCCAAAACUAAAAGUGCCGUGCUGCUUGAUAAUUUGUUAAGGAAAAAUAGUAUUGAUAGGUUGGACGCGAAAGGAUACGGCUCCGAUAAGGAGAUUAAUCCAGCUGAACUAUUCUUUUCGCCCAGUGAAAAUAUCGCGCAAACUAAAAAGACAUUAAACAUCAAUAAUAAUAUCGUCGAUACCAAUGGUAUCGUCAAUGGCGUUAGGUCCACGGGAUCGCCCGUGAUAGAGAAAAAAGUAACCAAGAAAUCGUGUAAAAUAGAGAAAAUCGAUUCUAAAAUAACGCACAAUUUAAAAUCAGUAUUAAAACCCACCGAGAAACAGGAUUACGAGGAGGACGCUAAAGUGCCAACAAAGUGUGAAACCGAAAAGAAUAGUACCGUAGUUUCUGGCGAAGCAAUUCUAACAGAGGCCGUGAAGGACAAAAGUGAGGCCGUUAAGGACAAAAGUGAGUCCGCCAAGAAUGAUAGUGUUAGUAAUAAAGUUCCCGAAGUGAAGAAAGGGGCAAAGAAGCCUGAGGCCGAUAAAGAGGAUGUCCCGAAAGAGACCGAGAAGGAAGCCGACAAAGAAGAAGCCAAGGAGGUUCUGAAGCCGGUGAAGCGGUGCAAGCUCGUCGACAAGGUUGUGGGAGAAAAGGUGAAACUGUUCGCAAAGAAGGGCGUGAUCAAGACCGACGAGGCGGCCCUCCUGGUGGAGGACGCGUGCGCGUCGCCGACGCCCCAGGCGGGGCGGGCGGGGCGGGCGGCGCGGGCGGGGCGCGCGCGGCGCGUGAGGCGGCGCCGCUCGCUGGCCGGCGCGCGCCGCCGCCGCGCCGCCGCGCCGCCGCCCGCGCUGGCGCCCGAGCCGCGCGCGCCGCCGCGCUGGAGCAACGGCUGGACUUGGGACGGCGAGGACCACAUCUCCAAAGUCUACCUCAAUAACGACAGCCGGCUAGACCGCACGGCGCGCUGCUGGUCGCGCAUGACGCACGCGAGCGGCGACCGCGUGGCGCGCGGCGACUGCGUGCUGCUGCGCGCCUCCUCCGCGCGCGCGCAACCCUUCGUGGCGCGCGUCGCUCGCCUGUGGGAGAACCCCGACGACGGUGAAAUGAUGGUGUCCCUCGUAUGGUACUACCGGCCGGAGCACACGCACGGCGGCCGGCAGCCGGAAGACGCGCCGGACGAGGUGUUCGCGUCGCGCCACCGCGACGCCAAUUCCGUCGCCUGCAUCGAGGACAAGUGCUACGUGCUCACCUUCAACGAGUACUGUCGAUACCGCAAGCGGCUAAAAGCGGCGGAGGAGGGCGUGCGCGCGGCGCCGUCGAUCGUGCCGCCCGCGCCGGCGGCGGACGCGCCGGCCGCCGCCACCAACGACGCCAAGCUGCCGCCCGGCGUGUCGCCCGAGCUCGUGCUGUUCUGCCGCAAGAUCUACGACUUCCGCUCCAAGAAGAUCCAGGUGCCCAACAAGUGACGACCCCACAGUGCAAACACCAAAGUUAAUUUAGGACUCCCGAGUAGACCCUAAUACUAGUACAAAACGUUCCCGGUGCAAAUAGUAGUAUCGCCAUUUUUGUAUGAUUCGAUAUACGCCGUUCCCCUGUGUUGCUAUGUGACGUGAUUUGGCGUAUCGCUACUUAUGUUGAUUUCGUUUCGUUGAAGAAGUAUCAAAUGAUGCCUUUUAUAAUGUGUAAGUAGGUUGUAAGUGAUCAUGGGCGGUUUUAUUGUGUAGUGAUAGCGACGUAUUUUCUUUAAUUUGCUUAGAGUGCGCUGCGUCCUAUUUAUGUAUAAUUUCUGUAGGAACUGAGUGUAAAAUUUAAUCUAUUUUCUCGUAGAUGAUUGGAUUACGGCUAACGAUAAGUUUCGAUUAGGCUGGAUGUAAAAGGCAUUUAUAAUUAAUUUUAAUUACCUUAUUGUUACAUUGUUGUCAAUGUAGAGUCUAUAUUAAAUUAUUAUUUUUAGUUAAGCAUAUUAUUUUAAAUCAGUGCAAGGCCUGGUCCGCCAUCGGCCGAGGAUCUCCCAGUUUUCUGUUUACGUUCCUUCACGGUCAAAUCAUUACCAUAUUUACACUUUUUGACGACGCUAUCAAAUGAAAAAAGAAAUUGUGUGAUAGAGUUUGAAUCAUUGUAUCUAUUAUUAUAUGAAAUAAAAUCAUGAUCGAUUUUUUAAUGUAUGUUUGUUAAUACAAUGACAGACAAAUGAAGCUUGUAGUGAUCACUCUGAUACAUCGCACACUGCUGAUUUUUUUCGGCUGACACAGCGUUGGGUAACAUUAUUAUGAAUCUUAACGCCAUGUCGUAAGGUCUGUUUUAGACUUACAAUUUACAAGGUCCUAAAGAAUUGAAACGAUUGUUCCCUCAGUGUGCGAAGUAUAGCGACUGCGUGAAUGUAUCUUCACCUAUAUAUACAAUAUAUCAGUCGUAGUUUUGAACAUAUACAUGUAUUGGGUAGAUAUUUCUAUUAAAUAUAUAUGUGGAGUACUCUGCCUUGGAAGGAAUUGAUUUAUAUACUGCAUUUCGGCUCUCUGUACGAUUACCUUCGGUUUUCCCAUUUCUUUACGAAGACUGAGCGAGGCGAGUGUCUCACGCCGUCAAUUGAAUCGAAAUUCGAAAAUGUUACAAUUUCGUUUCGCGCAAUUUUUAUCCAGUAAUAAACAUAAAAAUGAAAAUAACAAAUGGGAACAUUGUAACAUAUUUUAAAUGUAAUGUUAGAGCGUUAGUGUAUCGGUCGCAGAGUGGAAAAGAGAUAUAUGUGCGACUGUAAUAGUGAAAUCUCUUUAUCAUUAGAGACAUAAAUUUUAAGUAGCGCAGUACAUAAAGUAAAAAAAAGUAUAUUUAACGUUAUAACUCCCGCGUGGAAGUUGGUCAAAGGGCAUUUAUACGUUUGCAACUUCUGUAGGUACUUACUUCCUUCGCUAUGGGUCUGGCCACCAUAAGUUACACCAUAAAAUAGCAUGCAUAAAGGUAAGACGUAUUUUUAUGGUACAACUUUUGUGGACCACACUACUAUCCUUGACGUUUAAGUUGAUGUUGUUUUUGUAAAUACGCCUUUGUUAUUCCUCGCAAAAUUUAUUAUUCCACCGGCGGAGAAGAAUAUAAUUCGAAGUAAGAUGAUAAUUGUUACAUAACAUCAUCACCGCCGGUCUAUUCCAAAGCGUUAGUUCUAUGUCUAUUUUCUUUUUUUCAUUGCUUCAUGCCAAAAAAUUAGCUGCAAACAUAAUUGUUCAGUAAUAUAAUACCAAUCUCUUCUACUUAGGUUACAAGAAUGUUAACAGAGGCUGCGACUUCCCCACUGAACAUUUCUUUUGUCGUGACAUUUUACCUAUGUCUUUGGCAUGGCGGUAACUACGAGAAAACACUUGUGUCUAAUCAGCACUGUUUAAAAAUAGCGAAACGAAAAUACGCAAUGCAGUGCUUUGUUAGAACUAGGAAAAAAGACACUUUUUAACAUAUUCACUGCCAGCAACCCGCAAGGCAGGUUCUCUGUUUGUACGCGCUUUUCGCUACAUAUGGUUUUUCCUGUGUUAUCGGCUACGCUCGUAGUGCGUAGCCCGUGCUGGCACUGAAGGUGUUAAAAUACUCCUUUACAGUACAUAUGGUGCUACUUUACCGCACUAGUUCGAAAAUUAGCAUAUUACGUUACUAUAUGUCGAACAUUUAAAGGGCCAUAUGUACUGUAAAACGUUGUACAGUCAGCGUCAAAUACUUUGUAGCAGUCAAAGUGGCCAAAUAGUUCGGUACACCAUACUAAAUAUAUGGUGUACCGAACUAUUUGGCUACUUUGGUUGCUACAAAGUAUUUGACGCUGACUGUACGAUACAUGUGCAAAUAGGUAAUUCGCAACUCGUGUCGAUUUAAAACACUCCCUUCGGUCCUGUUUUAAUUUAUCACCACUCGUUUCGAAUUUCCUAUUUUUCGCACUUGUAUCGUAAUGUACUAUUAUGUACGCACGUACGUCAAAAUCAUUCAACCGCCAUGUCACUGUUACCAUAACGACUAUAAGAAAGUAUGCGAUUCUUCUAUCCUAUACGUAAUGAUUGAGCCUAAGUGAUGUAGUUUUACUGAAUCACGUAGCUAGAUUAUAGCACGUAAGGUGCCAACUGAGAACAGAAACGGACUUCCCCAUUUUUUCUAUAGAACGUAGUUUCACAGAACUAAUGGGAAAGUACCUUAGGAAUCUUGAAAUCAAACAAAAUUGUCCCCAGUUUUCGUAUGCAGACUCUGAUAACGUUAUUGUCUUCUCAUUAUUAAUUAAUUAGACUUAAUAAGUAAAUUCCAAUAAUAAUUAACUACUAUAAGUGAGAACUCUCCCUUGCUUGUAGACAAUUUGUUACCCGUUCUCAGAGUUGCAUAGUCAAUGAUUUUUUUUAGAAUUAGUUUUACUAAUAAGAAAAAAAUACCUUGUUUUUAUUAUCUAAUUUAUUUGUUUCAAUGAAAAUUAUAUAGGUAUAUUUUUAUUAUUGUAAUCUACAUAGUUAUGUUGGCUGUAAUUUAAUAUUGAUGUAAUUAAUAUAUGUAUUUUUAUUUCAA